AUGUCAGAUGAGGUCAUUGUAAAUGCGAAUGAACAAUUCAAUUGUUCCAAUUGUAAUCUAUCAUUAAUUGGACAAAAAUAUAUACUGAAUGAUGAGAAACCAUACUGUGUUGCCUGUUAUGAAAGUAAAUUCAGUCAUACAUGUGAAUUAUGCAAAGAGAAAAUUACCUGUGAUUCUAAAGAUCUUUCAUUCAAGGAUAAACAUUGGCAUGAAAGGUGUUUCUUCUGUAGUGUUUGUCAAGCAUCUUUAGCUGAUAAACCAUUCGCCACAAAAGACAAUGAUUUAUACUGUCCAGAAUGUUAUGAUGAGAAAUUUUCACCGCGCUGUGAUGGUUGCAAGAAGAUAUUCAAGGCUGGUUCGCGUAAAUACGAAUAUAAAGGAUCAACAUGGCAUGAAGAGUGUUUUACUUGCAUAGAAUGCAAACAACCCAUUGGAGCUAAAAGUUUCGUACCAAAAGAUGAUGGUGUAGUAUGUGUACCGUGUUAUGAAGAGAAAUAUUCACAAAAAUGCUGUAAAUGUAAUAAGGCCAUUCAAAAGGGUGGAGUAACUUAUAAAGGUCAACCAUGGCAUAAAACGUGUUUCUUAUGCACAAAUUGCAGUUGUGAAUUAGCUGGUCAAAAGUUUACAUCGCGUGAUGAGAAACCUUAUUGUGCAGAUUGUUAUACACAAUUAUUUGCAAAACAUUGUGCAAAGUGUACAAAACCAAUUAGUGGUUUUGGGGGCUGCAAAUUUGUAACAUUUGAAGAUAAACAUUGGCAUUCUGAUUGUUUCAAUUGUAGUAAAUGUCAAAAUAGUCUGGUAGGCAAAGGAUUCCUUGUUUCGGAUGAUGGGGUUGUCUGUCCUGAAUGUGCAAGAUAA